AUGGGAUACAAUCACUCUUUCAUCCGCCCUCGCCACACUUCUCCAUCUGCCGCCGACCUUCUACUGAAAGCCCAGGAGCAGCGGAUCUAUGUACGGCAGUUUUGGAUCUUCAUCGCUUCAGUGAUCGCCGUAUUGGCUUUCUUCCACUGGACAUCUGUGCUCUGGUCGCUGAUAUGGGGGCCUACGACCACCGCUCACCACACAUCGGAGAAAGAGAAGUACGAACCGGAGGUGGAGAAGCAGAUUCGGGUGGGGAGACGUUCUUGGCGGCACUUGCCUGCUGCGACUGCUUCUGCCUUUAGGAUCAUCGCGUUUCGAUGGACCAUCCCUAUCGGUUUCAAAGCUGUUUCAUCGGUUUCGGAGUUGGUCUUCAUCAUUUCCUAUAUUGUGGCCCUUCUUGUAUGGCUGUUGGUUAACACGCGAGAUCUUACGACUAUGUUUUGGGAGGAUCGCGCAGCUCAUCUCGCCUCCAGUAAUCUUGCACUCGUGGUCGCCUUGGCAGGGAAGAACAAUAUCAUCUCUUUUUUUACCGGAGUCGGACAUGAAAAGCUCAAUGUGCUCCACCGUGCGGCGGCGCGUACUUGUCUCAUCCUUCUGUGGAUGCAUGCUAUUGCACAUGUCGCCUCUGGCCUUCCCGAAAUCUUUGAUUUCACGCAUGAUUGGAUGAUAUUCGGUGUCAUUGGCUUGACUGCCUUCACAAUGGCCACCAUUCUUUCCAUUCGCCCGAUUCGUCAGACGGCUUUUGAAUUCUUCUUGAUUUCACAUAUUAUCUUUAUUGCCAUCUUCUUGAUUUUCGGUGUACUCCACACCAGAGCUGUCGACUUCGAUGACUAUAUUUGGCCCGCCCUCAUUCUCUGGGCAGUUGACCGCUCUGCGCGCCUGGUGCGCGUCGUUUGGAAUGGUCGGGUCUGGUACGGCUUCUCCCAACCCUCUUGUGAAGCUACCGUCGAGCUCCUUUCCAAGGACACCAUUCGUCUCACAAUGCGCCGUAACAUCUCGUGGAAGCCUGGACAACAUGCAUAUGUUAUUCUGCCCACCGUUAGCUCUCUGCCCACCGAGGCGCAUCCGUUCACGAUUGCCAGCAUCCCUGAUAAUGUGGACGGAACGCAAAGCGAGAAGGAGAAGGACGUGGUGUUUAUUAUUAGAGGAAGGGAUGGCUUCACGGGGAGAUUGAGGGAGCAUGCUUCUAAGAGCGGAGUGUGCACCGUGUCCGCGAUGCUGGAUGGGCCGUACGGGUGCCCGCCUGAUCUGAAGAUGUUCUCGACCUCCGUUUUGAUUGCGGGUGGAUCUGGGGUCUCAUAUACCUUACCACUACUUAUGGAAACUAUCCGUCUUGCCGCAGCACGAAAGUCCGCCACUCGCCGCUUAGUCUUUGUUUGGGCUAUUCGUGACUCGAGUCACAUCGCCUGGAUAUCAUCGCUCAUCUCAAAGGCCCUUACCGCCGUACCUUCUUCUCUUUCCAUCGAGAUUUCAAUUUACAUUACAGGCCGCCGAAGUCCCGUCCAACUUCCCGCAGUGGUCUAUCGCGAGGCUACCUCUCUCACCAUACCCUCUAUCAAUGGACAGUCGUCGAGCGAUCAGCUGGAUGGAAAGAUCGGCCUUCCGGUAUACGACGCAUUGAAGGUGAUUUAUGGCAGGCCCGAUAUUGAGAAGAUUUUGGGUGAAGAGGUUGGCAGUGCGACUGGGCCUGUGUCCGUUGAUGUCGCUGGCCCUUCUGCUUUGGCUCAAUCCGUGAGGGGUGCGCUGCGGGCAGGUAUCGCUGGCCCAAUGGGCGUGCUCAAGGGUUCCCCCUCGGUUACACUCCAUGUUGAGACGUUUGGGAUGGUGAAAGGAUGA